AUGGCAGCGGAUUCCAAGAUCAACCAGGGCAAAAUUGAUGGCCUGAAGCCCGAAGACCCGCGGGUCGAGCACAAGUUCAUCGAUGUCGGCGGCGGCAUCACUUAUCACUACCUCCUCGCCAACUCAACGACAGGCGAGCCACCAGUGGCCACGAUCGUUCUUAUUCAUGGCUGGCCCGAUUUCUCCUACGGCUGGCGCUACCAGGUCCCCUUCCUGCAGUCCUUGGGCCUGCGCGUCGUGGUGCCGGACAUGCUCGGCUACGGCCGGACCUCUGCGCCGGACGACCACGCCGAGUACAGCUUCAAGAAGAUGUGCGGCCACAUCGCCACGCUGAUCCAGUCCGUCACGGGCGGCGCGCCGAUCAUCCUCGGCGGCCACGACUGGGGCGGCUACUUUGUCUGGCGCAUGACCAGGUACUACCCGGACCUCAUCACCGCCGUGUUCAGCAUGUGCGUGCCCUACGAGCCGCCGUCCCCCAAGGUGCUCACCCUCGAGCAGAUCGUCGAGCGGGCGCCCAACUUCCAGUACCAGCUGCAGCUCGCGAGCCCCGUGGCUGAGACCCUGGUCAACCGCUCGCCGGCGACGCUGCGCGGGUUCCUGAACGGUCUGUAUGGCGGGAGGACCCCGGAAAAUGAGAUCCUGUUCAACACGGAUGUCGGCAUCAGGGACGCCGACAUGCUCGAGCGCAUCCAGCAGUCGCCCAUGGUCUCACCGGCGAUGAUGGACUACUAUGUGCAGGAGUUCUCGCGCAGCGGGAUGCACGGCCCGUGCAACUGGUACCGCACGCGCCUGGUCAACGGCGAGGAGGAGCUGCCGCUCGCCGAGGAGGACGCGAGGGCCGGCAAGCCCAGGCAGUUUGCGCAGCCGGCCAUGAUUGUCAUGGCGGAGCUGGACGCCGCGCUGCCGCCCAGGCUUAUGCAGAACCAGGAUCAGUACUUUGAGAAGCCGCUCAAGAAGGCCGUCGUCAAGGGGGCUUCGCACUGGGUCAUGGUGCAGUGCCCGAGCGAGUCGAACCAGCUGAUUGGGGAGUUCCUCCAGGGCGUGCUGGGGGAUAAGAUCAAGGCUUCCCUGUAG